AUGUGUGUGCACAGAAUGCACCAUAUUUAUAUUUACAACACGCAGAUUGUAUACAUAAAAAGCCAUAUUUACAACACGCAGAUUGUAUACAUAAAAAGCCAUAUUUACAACACGCAGAUUGUAUACAUAAAAAGCCAUAUUUACAACACGCAGAUUGUAUACAUAAAAAGCCAUAUUUACAACACGCAGAUUGUAUACAUAAAAAGCCAUAUUUACAACACGCAGAUUGUAUACAUAAAAAGCCAUAUUUACAACACGCAGAUUGUAUACAUAAAAAGCCAUAUUUACAACACGCAGAUUGUAUACAUAAAAAGCCAUAUUUACAACACGCAGAUUGUAUACAUAAAAAGCCAUAUUUACAACACGCAGAUUGUAUACAUAAAAAGCCAUAUUUACAACACGCAGAUUGUAUACAUAAAAAGCCAUAUUUACAACACGCAGAUUGUAAACAUAAAAAGCCAUAUUUACAACACAGAGAUGUGA